GUCAACUAGUGUCAGUUAGCCUUAUCAAGAACAUUUAAUUACAUUUCAACAGGUUUUAAGAGUGUCUGAGUCAAACUUAAUGUAUGUUACUUCAGAACUGCGCAUUUACCAACAAAAUAAACUAUGCUAACCGUUGUAGGAUGCUAAUUUCACAACUGUUAUGAAGCCAGAAUCCAUAGAAUAUAAUGAAAAUACGUUAAAUAAAAUGAGUUGGCCGUAUCAAUAUGUGACAGGUGAUACUUAAAACACGGAGCCGCAAUGAGGAAGACAACGUUAAACAAUAGACACCAUUUAUUUGAUUAGGUAAACUAUUUAAUGUUCGCUUAAGCAAAGACGGAAGUAACAAAGAGGGAUCUGAUUUGUUCAAAUUCAUACUCUUUGGUCGACGUUCAUUGGACCAAUCGAUGUGGAGGGGGCGGGGUCUGCGGCAAAUGAACAGGCAGUGAGCUGCGGCGCUGGAGGAGAGCAGCAGAGAGAGAGACCGCACACAUCCAUCCAUCAUACCAAACACCAUUUAUCGCUCUCUGUGGUCCGUGCUGCGAUGUUGAUCCUGGAUGUUUUCUCCCCGCUCCUCCUCCUCCUCCUCUCCAUCCUGUUGCCGCGCUACGGUUGCGGGGCGGCGGACAUUCCGGAGGACACUACAUCAGAGUUCUCGGUCAGACUGUACCACCAGCUGCAGGCGGCGGGGGAUCAGGAUAACAUCAUUUUCUCCCCGCUGAGCGUGGCUCUGGCCCUGGGCAUGGUGGAGCUGGGAGCCAGGGGGGCUUCGCUGGAGGAGAUACGACAGACUGUGGGAUUCAGCCACCUGCUGCCAGGCGUGGAGUUCUCCUUGCUCCAGAACCUGACCGCGGCGCUGUCGGGCGAUGACACCCACUAUGUGAUCAGAUUUGCCAACAGCCUCCUCCUGCAGGAAGGCGUCACCUUUAACCCAGAGUUCCUGCAUCUGAUGAGGAAGUACUUCAGGGCCGACGUGGAAACGGUAGACUUCAGCGAAUCAGCAGCCGUGGCAGAGCAGAUCAACAACUGGGUGGAAAAUCAUACUGAGAGUAAGAUCCGUGAGCUGCUAUCAGCCGAGGACUUCAGCAGCGCGACACGUCUGACCCUGGUGAACGCCGUCUACUUUAGAGGCUCCUGGAGAAACCAGUUCAGGCCAGAGAACACCAGAACCUUCUCCUUCAGCAGAGACGACGGCUCUGAAGUCCAGACACUCAUGAUGUACCAGCAGGGAGACUUCUACUAUGGUGAGUUCAGCGAUGGCUCACAGGAGGCUGGCGGUGUGUACCAGGUGUUGGAGAUGCCCUAUGAGGGCGAGGACAUGUCCAUGUUGAUCGUUCUGCCUCGGCAGGAAGUGCCACUGGCUUCCCUGGAGCCCAUCAUCAAAGUGGCACUGCUGGAGGAGUGGGCUAACAAUGUCAAACGGCAGAAGGUGGAAGUCUACCUACCUCGGUUCAAAGUGGAGCAGAAGAUCGACCUGAGGAGCACUCUGCAGGAGCUGGGAAUCAAGAACAUCUUCACCAACGACGCUGAUCUCUCCGCCAUGACAGAUGGUAAGGACCUGCACAUUGGAAAGGCGGUGCAGAAGGCUUACCUGGAGGUGACUGAGGAGGGGGCAGAAGGAGCCGUCGGCUCAGGAAUGAUCGCCCUCACCAGGACUCUGGUGCUGUACCCGCAGGUCAUGGCUGAUCACCCGUUCUUCUUUGUCAUUAGAAACCGGAGGACAGGGUCCAUCCUCUUCAUGGGCAGGGUCAUGACCCCCGAAGUCAUCGACCCCAACGACCAAGACUUUGACUCCAUGUAAACCCGAUCUCAGAUCCUGACGUCGUAACUGCUACCUAUCCUCUAUCGCCAUCUUCAGCUGUGUUUUAUACUCUUAACAAACAAACAAAAUACAAACUGGAUAUAAUACGAUAUAUUAUAUAUUGAAAUAUGACAUACGACAUAAUAACGUAACUGUGUUUUGAUACUGGAAGCUUUAAACUCUUGUAUACAGACAUGCAGAGAGAGGAAGUUGUACAUAUUCUCUGGUAAGGGAUGGUUUGUAUAUGAGAAAGAAGAACAGAUGAUAUGUAAUCCACGCACAACCCCUUUAAGUUCAGCAGCUUCGCACUCACCUGCGCCCACACACACACGACGCACAACCGCCGUUUUCUCUCUACUUCUGAAAAGAAGCAUUUCUUACUCCAGAUACAGUACGUGCACACUGUGAGUUUCACACUUUAAUUAUAUCCCUGUACAUUUGACAUUGUGUUCUAUAGCUACACAUAUACUCAGUAUUUAUUGCAGAAUAAACAUGUGCAAACAUUUUGUCCCUAUACGAUGAAUCUUAGUAAUAUAUCUGUUCCAGACAGUAUUCUAGUCGUUUUUUACACUGUAGGCACAUGGCUAAACUGCUGAUGAACUAAUAUGCCUUAUCACAUCUGAGCGGUUGAUUAAGCCCCAGCUGGGCAUCUCACAGGUGAGCAGAGGAGACUGCGUGACUAAGGCGGGUUGCUAUAGAGGCGGGCAGGAGCGUGCAGGCGCACUGAAAAAGAUCUGCUGCAGCGUUUUGGAUGUACAUACAGGGAGAAACAGUAACACCAGCUGUGUUCAGUCUUUUACUCAAUAAAAACAUGAAUGUGUUCCCAUUACAAAGCA